GUAUAACCACGCAUUCAUAAUUGCGCAAAAAUGCAAAAGGGAAGUACAUACUAUUGCGAUUUGAAUAAAUACAAACAUGUCAGUUAUGUUAUGAUAGGCCGUACUUAAUAAAAUAAUUCAUAUUUUCAUUCAGUGCGUGUGAAAUGGAUUUCGUGUGUUUUACUCUCCCAAAGGAUGCUUUUCCGCGGUUUGAUAAUGCUUGUACCAAGUCUUCAGGACUGCACACAAGGUAUAGUCUCUUGCUUGGCAAGCCUAAACCCGCAGAUCUGCGGGUAAAUAAGUAUGUAAAACUGUAUUUGUGCAGACAACGAAAUGAAACUGAUUUUCCAGUUGAAAUCAAUAGUUGCAUUGCUGAAACAGUCCAAAACGGGAAGCUUAAACCAGGAGCAAUAUUACAAUCAAGAAAUAUUUAUUCAUUUUUAAAUAGUCAAGAAGAGACUGACCUUACUAUUUCUUUAAUGAUUGUUGACAUUAAAGCUAAAAAGGAAAUCAUGAAACUUGGAAAAAAUAAAUUUCAUUUCAUUGUGGCUGUUGAAGAUGACCAUGUUAAGACAGAAUUAGAGAAGGAACUGAAAGCGAAUGAUAAAUCGAUAACUGUUGCAAAUAAAGGAAACGUUGCAAAUGAAAUCGAUAACUUGUUGGAACGCAUUUCACUGGCGCCAUUAAAACUAAUAUGUGAGAAUUGUUACGAUUUGCUGAAACAUAAGGACGCUGCUGAAAAUUCAACUGGUUUUCCUGAUAUGGAAUUUGUCACAAUACAGCAGGCAGGGAACAAGGAAAGGAAACUAAGGAACAGGAAAGAAAUGAUUGCAGAAACGUCUAUAAAUCAGCCAAAUGGUUUUCACCAUAUGCAUUCAUCUGAUCAGUAUCGACCCGGAUACAGGCAUACUGGUAUCAAAACUGAGAACAAACCCGAUUUAACAUCUGGUCAUAUGUCUUUCCGUCGGCAAAAUGGCUUUGAACAUUCUCUAGAGGAAAAAACCGAAAAGGUUAACAAAUAUAUAAACAAACAUGAAGAAAGCAAAGUAAAUACAUCCGCACCUGAUUCGACAUCAAUAUACACAAGAAUAAGGUCUCAGCAUGGUGAAAGAAUUCUAAACGGUUCCAAAGACACCAUUACCAGCACAAAAAUUUCCAAACGAAAAGAAAUUAAAGGACUUGUUCGUCAGAGAUCGGAAGUAAUCGAUACAGUUACCACAUCAAAAGGUAAAAGACGGAAAACAGUACUUUCAGACAAGAUCGGUUUAUCAGAUACAGAAUACCAGUCGCCUAGCACAGGUCACAUAAAAGUCGAAGAAAGUACAGAGCGCCUUAUAGAAGCAAUUCUGGCUCUGUACGGAAUGAGUAAUGUUCCCGAAACAGAAAAGCCAAAUGUUCCUAAACAGAGUUAUAAAGUCAGCAAAGAGAUGCGCAAUGAACUGUUCCAGAUAAGUCCCACGAUUAAAAGAAUGGGUUAUCGUUAUCGAACAUUUUACAUUUAUGCCGUUAAGCCUAAAUGUCAAGCAGAUGAGGAAAUGCGAAAGAAACAGAUAAGUUUAGUUCUGAAAAGAUACGGAAUACAUAAUUUCGAAAUAGCUCCAUGUGCUGAACGUGUGACAGAAUUGAUGCAUGUUGGGGCCAAAAUAGAAGUAAGACCAGGAGCAUGCUACUCGCUGAGAACAAAAACGGCAUGUGGAUCCAAUACUGUCAAAGGUGGUACGCUUGGUUGUUUUGCAAAUAUGAAUGAUGGAAAAGAACAAUGUGGUCUUCUUUCUAAACACGUUUCUGAAGAUUGCAGAGAUGUAUAUUACGUUGGAGAAGGAAACAAUGCAAUGAUUGGUCAUAUGGUAGAAGCCACCAAUGAGCAUCAACCUGAAGGACUUGACAUUUCUGCUGCUUUACUAAAUGAGCAUGUAGGUGAAGAUGGAAAGAAGUUCAGGGACACCCGACGAACUCUUCUGAGAGGAAAAUUACAUAAAUAUAACGAGGAAGAGGAUGAAAUAUGCAGGAGCGGACAGCCCGUACAUAUCUAUGGGGCAGUGUCAGACCCAGGUAAAGGCGAAAUUACAAUGCCUUGUGUUGACAGUGGCCUUUCAACGACCUUAAUUCAAGUAGAAGACGAGAUAUGUGGCGAUGGAACAGAGCAAAAACCUUUUGCCGUGAAGGGCGAUAGUGGCGCGAUUGUAUGUGUUGAGGAUCCAAACAGAAAAAAUAUACAUGCCCUUAGCAUGGUCAUCGGUACUCCAGAUUCAAAAUAUACCAAAAGAAGAACAUAUCUAACGCUUCCUUUAUCAAAAGGUUUACAACAAUUAGAGGAUAAUACUGGAAAAACAUUUACACUUUCCUAAGUGUUCAUAUUUGCUAGUGUUUAAUUCGACUUGCUAUUGUUUAAUUUAACACAAAACUAUCAAUUUUACAAGAUGUUUGCUUAACACAUGUUUAUGCCAUGUAAUGUUAUGGCAUACAAAUUGAAAAGAUAUCUAUUUAAAACAAACAUGUUGGUCAGAUAUAAAUGCAACACGCAAUAUCACAAACAUACGCGCACAAAAACUAAAAUUAUGCGAAGGGGUGUUCAUUUUCUUGACAUCUGAUACACGGACUCAAAAGAAAAACGAACCAUUUUUGACCAAUGUUAGCGAAGAAAGUUGAUGUCUGUUAUUCUAAGCUUGAUACUUUUAUUGCAAAUGAUUUCAGGGUCUGUUUGUAUGCCCAAGUUUGACCCCCAAGGGUCAGUAAGACAUAUUUGUUAACUGUUCGACUAAAUAACAAAGCUAAAGGAAAUCAUACAGCACAGGCAUUCAUCAUGUGAAGUUUCUAAUCUGUUAUGCAAUGGUCAAAAAAAAGAAAGUGUAAAUAAUUAAAGAUAUUACAUGCUCACACUUACAUUAUAUAUUAACAUCUCAACAAACCGCAUUUUACAGCGAAAUAUUUUUGGGGUCUUAUUUUAGUACGCUCCUUUUUCACCCUCCAGUUAAUAAGGUGAAUUUCGGCAAUAAUUUAAUUUGUUCAAAAAUCAAAAUAUCUGGAAGCACGAUAUGUAAUCUUUAAGAAACUAAUGACGGUAAAUGACGGUCCAAGUACGAAAAUAAUAAUUUAUGGAGAGCUAUUAAAAUAAAGUUUAUAUACUUCUAAUGAAAAAGGUCAUGAAAAAAUAUCGGUCAAAUUUUCAUGUAUUAACAAAGAUUGAAUCGAAGAAUGCAUUUUGAUACAUCAUUACAUGGUAUAUGUUAUGGGCAGAUCGAUUAAUAUAUGAUUAAAUAAUUGUUUAAGUGUCAUGUACGAGUUCAUUUUUAUGGACUUUGCCCCUAACCGAUACAAUAAUUGCUAUAACGAUAUAGCAUAUUAUGCAGUAAACAGAGUUUAUUGGGUUUAUAAAUGAAGAGGUCGUUUACACACUGUUUGGUUAUUUUUUUCAGAAGGUCAGAUGUUGUUUUUGAGUUGUGGAUUUUCAAUGGACUAAAGACUUGUAGUGAAAAUCUGUAAGAUUCAAUGAGACAUCGGCUGAUUGCCUUUGAUAAUAAAAAUAUGUUUAAAGUUGAAAUAAAACGUUUUCUGUGCCGUUUGAAAUAAGUUAUUUGAUUCGAGUCUGAAGUUUGCAGUUUAGUAAAAUAUGUACUAGUUAGAAAUUAGCCCUAAAUUUCAUUAACAGUUGAGGGAAGUAGGCAAUAAAUAGAAAUAGCAAAUAAUUCAAUUGCUAUGCCUAUAUUAAAAAUGGCAUACUUUGUGUCUGGAAGGCUAUUUGACAAGAAAAAUGAGAACUCAGGGGUCAUUAAAUAUAAAGACAGGGUCCUAAAGUGUUUUAUCAUACAUUUAAACUAUAUGUGAAAAUCAAUAGCAGUGUCUGUCCUGAAUUCUUUCAAAUGGCAGCAACAUGUUCCUUGUUGUAGAUAUUUCGUAUUUUGAUUUAUAUUUCUAAAUACUUAUUUUUUUUUAUUUUAUUUGUAAGAAAGGAAAUAUGUAGAUGUAUUUAAAGAUAUCUUAAUGUAAUAUUUUGUCUAAACUUUAUCACAUAUCAUAUUAUCUGUAUCUUCUAGAAUGAGAUCCCGUUUCUCAAUGCCCCCAAAUUUCCCAAAGCCAUUCAUAUGUGCACAUGUUAUACAGUUUAUCUUAAAUUACAGUUCAUCUGUUUCUGUAUUUGAGACACAUAUUUCACCAUGUCAACAUGUCCCCAGAAAAGUGAAGCUCUGAGCUGCAUUGUAUUUGUUACUACGUAUUUGUAUUCUAUAAUGAUCAAUGCAAAUUUUCCAUCGGUAUAACUCGAAUAUAAUAUGAUAUUCCCUAGUAAUUCAAUAUAUUAAUCUCAAUUUUUUGUCCAUGUGUUUUUUUUCUCAGCCGUUUAGAUAACUAUUGAGAGUUCUUUUGCAUUUAUUUACACAAUGCAACGAUCUAUGUUGACUAGACGCUUGUUGUUUUCUUACAAAACGUUCGCCUAACGACAAAAAGGGACUAUCAAAAUAAAACAAAGAAAAAAUACUGCACAAUGUAUAAAGUAAUUGAAUCUGCGAUAUUUUAUAGUUGUUUGUUGUUAAUAUUUUACACUUUAUUCAUUAUUUCAAUAAAUCAUUUCACUCA